AGGCGAUUGAGCAGACGAGCACCCAACAGCCCAGCGAGCAUCAUCUCAUCGCCACAGCCCCUCCAUUGUUCCUCCCAUCAUUCACACUGUCUAUAUGCAUCUGUAAAAAUGAAAUUCUUCGAAAACGUAUUUACUUACGACUACUCCUUCCCUGCUGUCUCUCUUGCCUAUUUCCUGCGCUAUCCUAACCCAUACUCUCGCCAUGUCUUGACGACCGACGUUAUCGAUCGUUAUGUCGACCCCAAGACACAACGUCUUCAUACAAUUCGUCUUCAUUUGAAGAAAUCGAAAGUCCCGUCCGGCAUACUCAAAUUGCUUCCUAAGGGCAUGGGAGGAUCCGACAAUUCUGGCCAAAGCUACAUUCUAGAGACCACAAUCGUUGAUCCCAAAGAGGGCUGGAUGGAAAGUGAAUCUCGCAACAUGGAGUGGACCGGUAUUCUCAGUGUCGUUGAAAAACAAGUUUACCAGAGACUACCAAUUGAAGGAACUCUUGAUAGUCUCGAAGGACUUGCCCUUGACGACAAGAGAGGCGAGCAGACUACCGUCAAGACAACAGUCACGUUCCGUUCUCGGUUCGGACAAGGAAAGCUACUCGGAAGAAGAAAGGCAGAGUCAAUCGGUGAUCAUAAUGCCGAGGUAGAGGAGGAAGCGCCCAAGAGAGGCUUCUUCUCUUCGCUAUCAACCGCAGGUAUUCAGCGGACAAUUGAACUCAUUGGCGUGAAACGAACUCGAGACGCCGUUCUCAAGAGCAAGCAAGGAAUGAAUGUCGUCUUGGAACGUUUGCGACACGGCGGGAUAGUUGGCGUUCUCGAGGGAAUGCGUCAGGAUCGGGAGGCGGCCUUUGGACACGAAGGCCCUUGGAAGCGCGCUUGGGUCAGGGGACAUGCACAUAUUGAAGACGAUGACAACUAGUCUUCGUUGACUAUUCGGGAAGCGGCGAACAAUUUGGGAAACUUAUAUCCAGCAUUCAAGCAUGGAGCUCUGGCGUUUGGGAUUUUAGUAUUUGACACUCUCCUACAGAUUCGACCUUGCAUUUGACUCUCAAUUUUUUUUUUUUUUUUUUCAUUCUCCUUU